UCCACAAGAUGGCGUCGUCGUCGUGUCGUUGUGUUUCAGUUGAGUAGCGGUUGUGUGAGUGUGAAAGGGGGUCAGCGGCUGUGUUCACAGGCGUUUUGUCGAGAUAGCAGCAUAGCAGCUAGACUGUGCUGUGCCAGCAGCGGCCAAAAGAUGCACACAGCCAGGGUUGUGUACAAUAUAGCGAUACCUGUCAGCUAGUAUAUGUUUACGUUAAAGGGAAACGCGCCGGUAGUGGACGAGACGAACGCUUAGCAGAGAUGGCCGGAAUUAUUAAAAAGCAAAUUCUGAAGCAUUUGUCAAGGUUCACCAAGAAUCUGUCCCCGGACAAGAUAAAUCUGAGCACGCUGAAAGGGGAGGGGCAGCUCUCCAACCUCGAGCUCGAUGAAGAGGUUUUGCAGAAUAUGCUUGACCUGCCUACCUGGCUGGCUGUCACUCGGGUCUACUGCAACAAAGCCGCCAUCAGGAUACAAUGGACAAAGUUGAAAACAAGCCCCAUUUGCCUGUUCUUGGAUAAGGUAGAGGUAGAAAUGAGGACAUGUCAGGAGCCACGUCCACCUAAUGGCCCCUCUCCUAUAGCUAUUACAGCAGGCCAGAGCGAGUACGGCUUUGCAGAGAAAGUGGUGGAGGGCAUGUCUGUUAGGAUCAACUCUAUCACCAUCAAGGUGCAAGCCCGUGCCUUCCACGCCUCCUUCGAGCUGUGGCAGCUACAAGGCAACAGCCUCAACCCCAAAUGGCAGCGCAGUGAUCUCCGCUACACCCGAGUCACUGACCCCAAGAGAGGAGAGGUGUUGACAUUCAAAGAAAUUAACUGGCAGAGCCUACGAAUCGAGGCAGAUGCCAUUGAGAGCGAUGACCAGGACCUCGGUAGCACCCCGCUACGUCUGAUCACCAACCAGGGUCGCAUUCGCAUCGCUCUAAAACGCAGAAUAAAGGACUGUAAUGUGCUGGCAUCCAAGCUGCUUUUCAUUCUGGACGACCUGUUGUGGGUUCUGACUGACUCUCAGCUCAAAGCCAUCAUCCAUUAUGCUAAAUCUCUCAGCGAGGCCAUGGAGAAGUCUGCCCAGCAGAGGAAGAGCAGGACUGCUGAAUCCCUACAGACUGCUCCUCCAUCACCUGGCCUCCAUAGCCUUUGGACAGAGCCCCCGCCUGCUCCUACUGGCACCCCCAGCAACAUGAGUCAAUACUUUGAUCUCUAUGAUGUCAAGGAGUCUUCUUACCACACCUUCAUAUCCCGCUUAGACUUACACAUAUGCAAUGACAGUUCUUCAAUGGAUGAAGAUGAGCCUCCUCCACCAGGCUUGCAGGGUGCCAUGCAGCUGACAUUCAGGAAGCUGGGUUUUGACUACUAUCCUGUCCACAGGCCUGCUGAUGGAUGUCGACAUUGGGAACGCCACAGUGGAGCCAUGGAGGCUCAGGCCCAGUGGGCUGGGAAACUGCUGCAGGAGUACCAGAAAAGAGCAGAGGCUUCUGGGUUCCCUGGGCCACAUUCUGAGGUGCCUCAGCCAACCAAGGACAGCCCUGCAAAGACAGUUCAAGACAGACAGUCCAGUCCCAAGUCAAGCCCCCCUGACGCAGAGCAGACGUCCAGCAGGAGCUCUGCCAAAGCUACGUCAGGGUCAUCACUGAAGAGACUGCGAUCUAGCUGUGUGGUGGUCAGGAUGGAUGACGUGGACAUUCACCAGGUGUCUACAAGAGGCCGUCAAAACAAGAAGACCCAGUCUUUAUUGUCCUGCAACCGGAAAGCCCUGCGUUUGCCAGACAACGUACCAGCAAUUCAUCUGCAGUUUACUGAGUACUACUUUCCUGAUAACCCCAGUUUAUCAGUGCCCACCUCAAAUUUGUAUGCCCAGCUGAACAGCCUCCAGUUCUGUGUAGACCCUGCCAGCGUGCUGUGGAUCAACCUGUUCUCCAGGGGUCUGCUGCACACCCUGGACCAAGUCAAAGCUUUCUACCAUUUGCAAGACAGCAGCAAGGCUGAUGAACAUGUAGACAUCCGCUUGGAUGCAGCUCAGCUCAAGAUGAUAAUCCCCUUGGACUCCUCCAUAUUGGACCAUCCGGAGCGUCCACAGUCUCUCUCUGUUACUGUACCACAGAUGGUUGUCAGUAACACCCGUCACUGCCCCCACGGCUCCAGAGCUGACCUCAGUAGCACCUAUGACAAGUUCUCCAGCUGCUCUUUCUUCCAGCAUACACCUCCCUGCCACUACCCGAGAGAUCAGAGUGCCUUCCACCCAAUCCCGUCCCUCUUCCUCCAGCACUCUCAAGAGACGGAGCCACAACCUCUGGACAGAAAGCAGCAACGAUCCCAGGAUGUUUGGUCUCUCAGUCUCUCCCGUGUGACCCUAGGUUUUGAUGGGGCUCGGCGAUUCCCCAAAGGCAAAACCCAACCUUUUGUUGAGCCCUUUGCGAUGUCUGUGUGGAUGUGUCAGCCCACUGCCUUUAAAAAUGGCACCAUGUCUUCCCCCUCCAGUUCCAAUGGAGCCCACCAGCCUUCUCCAGAGCAGGGUGAGGCUUCACUUGCCUCUUUCCACUUCUUGGCCCACACCAUCACUCCGGUGAAGAUGUGGCUCAACCACUACCAGUUUGUCGCCCUGCUGAGAAUGAAGGAUGCCAUGGCUCGGUUGGGAGCAGAAUUGGGCCGGGAUCUGCGAGAUGUUAAGCAAGCUCACGGGAAGAAGACAAAAGCUGCUACGGUGUGUCUAGCCCUCCUGCUAGACUCUACAGAACUGGGUCUUCUGUUGCCACCAGUGUGCUCAGCGCCUGAGGAAGAGGUCGCCCACACCCCAGAGACAGACAGUCCCAGCAUAACAGACUCCGACAUCUCUCCCCUUCAUCACUCUGUAGAUGUCGUCUUGGAGGACGGUGGGUUGGAAAACGGCAUCUCCUCAGUCAACACUGCAUUUGAUCAGGACGAGCAAGAUGGCGUGGUGGAGGAGGCGUGUGAGGCUGUGGAGGAGGGCUUGGAUGGAGUAACAGCACAAGAAGACACCCCUGCUCUCUCACCUCCACUCUCCCCUGGACACUCCCCCGCUCUUUCCCGUGAGCCGUCCACCUUCAGCCUGGAGGGAGAGCUGUCGAGCGCCAUAAAUGUCACCAAGGAUGUGACCAAAGAUGCCAUCAGUGCCUCGCUGGACUUGACCAAAGGGGCGUUUUCGAUUACUAAAGAUGCCUUCAGCAUGCUGAGUCGGGGCUCAGGGAUGAGCAAACUGUUUAGCCCGCAGGCAAAGGAACAGGUCCAGCGUUCAGAAGAGUCCUCCCCCUCUCUGUCUGCCAGCCUGCGCCACCAGUCCAUGAAGCAGUCGCCUUCCCAGCAUUCCUUUGAUAGUGCUAUCUUGGAAGGCAGCCUGCCUGACGAAAACCUCUCUGUAGAUAGUGAUGUCAGCGACAAUUUCUUUGUCCUCAUGGACUCAGAGUCAGGUAUGGAGUCCAUGCGUCCUAACAACACUCCUGCUGGCAGCCGAGGCAGUCCAGCUCCAGGAACAGAAGGAGGCUCAUCAGCUGACCUUAGCAGCUCUCUGUCACAGAGUAUCGAGGAUGUAUCACAGGAUAUGUCCUCAGUGUUGUUGCUCAUCCUGAGUGGCGUGGCCUGUACUAUGGAAGUAAAGGGAGAAGACCAAGUUGUGGCUGUUGAAGUCCAGAAUCUGAGCCCUGUGCAGAUGGGCACUGUGAGGGUAUCAGAUGUGCUGGCUGGUCUCGUACAAGCUCCGGGUGAACCAGUCCAGAAAAAGGGUAAGCAGAGCUCUCCACAAGUGUGCAUGCGAGCAGAGAUGGGUCCAUCUGCUGCCCGACACUCUGCUCUGGCUGAUUCUUUGGGUUUCCUGGAUAUGAGAGUUCAAGACUGCAAGGCUGAGCUGUUAGCCUCCACCGUGGCUAACAUUGGUCCUUUUUUGGAAGACGAAUUCAGUGUUGAUGCUCAGCCAAUGAAGUUACAUAUGAGCAACAUCACCAUCACCAUGAAGGAUGACAGCCCUAAAAUCUACCCCACAGCCCCUCAACCUGUCCCAGCCUCGUUCAUUGUAGAUCAGCUGCUCCUCGAGCGAGGUGAAGAUGGCAUGAUGAGGCUCAGAGCUGAAGGUGCAGACCCUAAAGCCUCAGCAGGUGUUCCUGCCGCUGGCGCAGACAACCCAAACAGUUCCCUCUCUGUUCGACAGCAGAGCGAGAGACAAACCCUGGAGUCGCAGCUCUCCAAUGCCCAGGCUGCUCUCAACGAGGCCCUCAGUGAGAGAGAACGCCUCCUUCUGGAAGUCAGGAAGUACAACCCCACAUUUACUCUCUGAGCCUCUCUCUUUGACCUCUGAACCUACUGUAUUAGUCCUCCUGCUGAGGAGCAGUGAUGGGACGCAUCAGGCUGAAUGUCAGGAACCAGCAGGACUCUUUAAAAGCAUGCCUGGAUGUUGAACAUGAAGACAAGAGGAUGAAUCCAAGUUGUGGCUUUGGAUACCACCUGCUAUAUCACGCUGUUCAUGAUGUUACAAAAGAGCCCCUAUAACAAUUACUUAAGGGGGACAUAGUAAGCUAAUUUAUAGGUACAUUAAUGGUACUACUUUUAUCUGGCAGUGCAGAUAUCUUUCACUGCUGUACUAAACACAAACUACUCUGGUUGUUUCUCAUUCAAAACAAUGUGAACAGUAAACUCGUAAUGUAGUUUCAGUAUUCGUCACACAGCAUGCUACGGUAAAUAUCAUCAAGCUUUAAUUCUCUCCUGUUAAUUAUUUUUGUUGUGGAAAUGUUAAGCGGUUUACAUGCCAAAACCUCCUCCUCACAUGCACCAACACUGCCAGACAGCUGCUAGUCCAUCAGGCUCUCCCUCUAUGAAACACAAGCAUGCUUUGUGAACAGUGCUAAUAUCCAGGUAGCAGAGUCACAAAGCUACAUAGACUUAGUAAUGUUGAUUACCUGGUUAGGUGUGGGUUCCUUUCAAGUAUUAUAAAAUAUCUUUAAGUGUUAAAAAAAAUGUGUUGUGAAAGGUAGGGAAAACAUUGCACUUUUUUUCAUUUUCUUUUUUUUUUUUUUUUAAGGAAAGCAGAAUUACGCUGCUUUCACAGAGAGAUAGAUGAAUCUCUAUUUCCACCUUGGUUGCUUUAUCACCACGGUGGAAUGGUUACACACUCUUAUCAAGUUCUCACCCUUUUCAGAAUGCGGGUCGAAUCAUUCCCCAGUGUUAUUUUCCUCCGUGUUGUGAAAUGUUGAUCAUGCUUCUUUUGUACUGUGAAACAAUGUGCUCCGUGGUUGAAUGUCCACUCAAGACGACACGCCUUUCGAUCUCUCCCUGGGUCAUGUGGAGAGCAGGUUGCACAGUAGCGUCAGUAUUGUAUCUGGGUUCACUCUAACUCUCUGGUUUAAAGAGAAUUUGGAUCAUACCAGCUACCGGAGUUACAAUACUUGAUCUCUUUGAAACUUGUUUUGUAGCUUGACAGGAAGCAACUCUAGACUGCUAUUGUUGUUGUUGCCUCUUUGCAUAUUUAUCAUGUAUACAGUAGUGUAGUGGUCAGACAUCAUGAAGUCAAAGCUCAUUCAGGAUGUUGUUUACGUGUGUAUAUUUAUUUAGAUACAAAGCAUGUGUUUUUGUUAGUGUAACAGUUACUUUACAGUGUACUGAAGCCAUAUCAAUCAAAGAAAAUUACAUUUUUAAAAAAAGCUGUGGCACUGAUAAAUGUACUCACACUCAGUGUUGUGUUAAUGACCAAAUUCACUACAGACACUGAUGUUUUUCAGUUUGUUUGUUCCUGAUCUGCUGCAGAUUCUAUCCAUCGGGCCAGCUGCCAUUUAAAUUUGUGUCACUUUCUUUUUUCUAUGCAUAAAUCUAUUAUGCAUGGUUUAAGACAAUGAUGGAUUUGUUCAUCAAAGACACUGUUUGACAGUUCGAACAUUUGUUUUAUGAAUAUUUUCAUGAAAAGACCUCUCUGCGAGCUACUUUAUGUACAAAUCUUCUAUUGUUAGAUCAGUGGUUUAGCCCUCAGAGGUAUGUUAUCUGACUUUAUGGUUGCACAGCUGUUACAGUUUCAUCAUUUUCCCAUGCUGUGCUUGUGAGACCCCUGGUGGCUGUAACUCGCCAGAGCAUUCCCGACUGAGAAGAUAUUUCCUUUCCCUCUUUGGUUUGUUUUUUUUUUUUGUUUUUUGUUUUUUUUACUUUGGUUGCCUUGCAAGCUAUGAAUGACAGAUUUGCAUUCUUACAGAGGAAUGUAAGAUUGUGAGCAAUAGAAAGGCGGUUUGGUAUAACCAAAAACAUGACAGAACAGUAACACUAGAUAUUUUUACAUAUACACAUACAUUAUCCUUUUUUUAAGGUGACUUAUAUUAAAGAUAAAUAUUUAACCUGUCUAACAGGUUUUAACAUUUUCUUCUCACCUGCAUGUGUACACAACACAUCUUCACUACCAAUGUAAUAAGAGGGAUACUGUCCUUAAACCUCAGUAUCACAUUUGUGAUCUUCUCAGCUUUUGGUGUUUAUGUUUUUGCAUGGCCUUAGUAGACAAACAUACAGUGGUACGAGAUUGAACUUCCCAUGCUGGAUGCAACAUGUAGCUGUACUGUUCAUUCAGUUUCCCCUCUCCUCAGUCAGACCUCUGUGUUAAGUAGCAUCCCUACUCUGCUGACAAACUGGUGCUCUGAGUUCCAUCUGCUCACAACCAUGCAAAAAGGAGGAGAUAGCCGGAAAGUGAAGCACUUCAAGAUGAGUGUUUUCUCUUUCCAUACAACUGAGCUGGCAGAGUGGAAAGCAGAUGCAUGUACUGAAGUGAUGUUGAUGCCUUGUGAAUUACUUGCACUCGUGUGAUAAAUUCACUGGAAAUUGCACUCGUUUUAAUGUAAAUCACUUCCAAGGAU